AUGGUGUUAGAAGCUUCUAUGAUCGUUGUCGACAACAGCGAAGCCAGUCGGAAUGGCGACUACGUACCGUCUCGAUGGGAAGCUCAGUCCGAUGCUGCGAACCUGAUCUUCUCGGCGAAAACUGGCGCAAACCCAGAGUCUUCGGUCGGCCUCAUGAGCAUGGGAGGCAACACUCCAGAGAUCCUCACCACCCUGACAACGGACAUUGGCAAGAUCCUCGAUGGCCUGCACAGGACAAAGAUAAAGGGCAGCUCACAUUUCGUGACUGGCAUCAACGUGGCAGCUCUGGCUCUCAAGCACAGGCAGAACAAGUCGCAGAAGCAGCGGAUAAUCAUCUUCAACUGCAGCCCUAUCGAAGAAGAGGAGAAGAACCUGGUAAAGCUGGCGAAGAAGAUGAAGAAGACAGGUAUCAGCAUCGACAUCAUCAUGUUCGGCGAGCUUAGCGACGACACCACAAGGAAGCUCCAGGCCUUCAGCGACAACGUACAGAGCGCAGAAGGAUCCUACCUCGCGACCGUACCUCCCAGCGCGAACCUUCUCAGCGAUGCGCUUAUUACGACUCCCAUACUUGGCGGUGAUGGUACCUCUGGCGCUGGGGGAGCUAGUGGUUCCGGAGGCGAGGGUGGCGGCUCAGGUGGUAACGACUUCGAGUUUGGUGUGGACCCGUCAGUAGACCCCGAACUGGCACUCGCGCUGAGGAUGAGUUUCGAGGAGGAGAAGGCACGGCAAGAGAAAGAGAAGAAGACGAAGGACACCGCCGAUGGCAAGACGGAGUUGGAGUCAGUGGCAGAAGGGGAUGAGAAGCAGCCUCUGCUGGAUGACAAGGGCCAACCCAGUGGAAGUGGCAGCAAGGGCAAGAAGGACGACGACUCAGACAAGAUGGACACUGCAUAAGCUUGGAUAUGGCAAGGGCACGGCGUCUUGAGUGUGGGUGUUAAAGGCAAGGCUAUACGAUAGAGCAUCUCCGGCGACUACUGUAUCACCAAGCGUGGCGCAUACCACAAAUCUGACACGAUUGAAUGAACCAACCUGAUGAGUUCUAUGAUUU